AUGUCUCUGGAGAAGCGCGGCUCUAUGUAUGCCUACCAGCUCUGGGAUUCUGCCGAGAUUCCGUACAUCCUGCAGGGCCUCCCCCACGACCUUUCAGAGUCGAUCCGCGGCGCCAUGCGAGAGUGGGAGCAGUCGACUUGCAUCCGUUUCCUCCCCAAAACGAGCCAAGGUGCCUGGGCCAAUUUCAAAAAGUUUGACGACGGAUGUUACUCCAGGGGCUUGGGCUCUCCUGGCUCGGGAGAGAGACUCGUCAAUCUCGAUUACCCCAAUGCUUGGGAGAAAUUUCUUUCCUUCGGAACGUACAAGGCCUGUCUCGACGCCGGAACGCCUUCCCACGAGCUUGGACAUCUGAUCGGACUCACCCAUGAGCACCAACGCCCCGACCGCGACCAAUACAUUCGCAUCCUGACAGACCGCGUCCAAACGGACGACCUCGACCAGUUCACAAUCGACACGGGCGCCGACGUUUCCAUCCCCUUCGACUACAACUCCGUCAUGAUCUACGACACCAAGGCCUUUGCCAAGACCAACAAGCUGACGCCCAUCUCCGGCUCGGCAAGCUUGAAGCACACAAUGGAAACCGUCACGGACAAGAAGAUCGACCCCUGGAACUCCCCGACCGCCAACGACUUCAAGGCCGUCAACAACGCCUACGCCUGCGAGGAGUACUACACCCGCGUGAUCCCGCAGUGCCUCGCCGGCAGCAUCCCGUCCAACGGCGACUUCUCCUCCUACUCCUUCAUCCUCGACAAGCACACCGAGGCCUACAUGGCCGCCAACGGCUACACCCACGUCGCGGCCCACCAGAACUGCCGCGCCAACAUGGUCGGCCAGGAUACCGACAACUGGGGCUUCACGCCGCUCAACGGCUGGGGACCCCGCGCGCAGUACAAGAUCACCACGAACCGCUGCAAGAAGGACCACGACCGCCACGCCAGCCGGUACGAGGUUGCCCUGUGCAAGGGAGACAACGAGGGUGCCUGUGAUAUCAAGUGCGGUCUUCGCCGCGUCUGCCCCUUUGAUGCGAGCGGCAAGCAGGUCGAUAGCAAGGCUAUUGAUGUUGUUGACAACAACCUGUGGAUUUGCCACCCUCACUAA